AUGUCAACCGCGCGAGACCCGUCGGAGUGCAAAGACUUCCGCGAGGACUAUUUAGAGUGUCUUCACCACAAGAAGGAGUUUCAGAGGACGAACGCGGUUCAGGCGGAAGCGGAUCGGCAACGAGGCGAAGAGGCGGGGAAGAUUUUAGAGAAAGUUGAGAAACACAUUUGGGACACGAGUUGGGGAGAGGUGAAAGGAAAAGAUGAGGAGGAAAAGGCGUGA